AUGUCUUGUCAUCCAUAUUCAGUUACAAGCAACAAUUCUCAUUUGAGAAUUAGAAGAAGAGAAUGUUUGUGUGGACUUGAAUCUCCUUUGUGUACUUCUUGGACGACUGAAAAUCUAGGUCGAAGGUUUCAUGGUUGUGGAUUUUAUAAGUUACAGGGUAAAAAAUCUUGCAAUUUUUUUGAUUGGUUUGAUGAGCCAAUGACAGAACAUGCAGAAGAAGUUAUUAUGUCUUUGAUGAAAAGGAUUGAUGAAUUCAAGAAGAAAGACAAUGUGACAAAAAAUUGUGAUGAUGAAAUGAAGUUGAAGUUGAAACUAAUGAGGGGCUUUCUGGCACUUUCAUGGCUUUUGAUUAUUGUUCUUUUGGUUAUUGUAAUGUUGAAGUAA